CAUAUCACCGUCAAAUGACAAUAUAAAUGAGGUAAACUGAUAAUAAUAUAAUCAGAUUACUUCACAGAAUUGUAAACUUUCAACAAGGAAGGAAGAUCACUAUUGUUUAGACAUGGCUGUCCCAGGGAAAAGGAUGCCCAAACAUUUUUCCUUGUCAACUAUUGGCUGUGAUGAAGACAUAGUAUUGUACUGUCAGCCUUGUGACCAUGAUGGCCCUCGACUCCCUGCCCAUGGUUACUGUGUUGACUGUAGGGAGCACCUGUGCGAGACUUGCUUUACACUCCACAAGAGACAUACUCUUUCAAGGCAUCAUUAUCUUCUAGAUAAAAACAGCAUGCCACAAACCAUGUCUUCAGCCUCUGUUCAUCCAAGCCAGCCUGACAACCUUACCAAACCUUGCCCUAAACACAUGAAAGAAAUGAUCAAGUUCUACUGUCAGAACCAUGAAACACUACUCUGCAGUGUAUGUGUUACUCUUGAACACACAGGUAUAUCUUGCGAAGUAAACUACAUCCCCGACAUUUCUGACCUGGUAAUAAAUAGCAAAGAACAUCAAGUUAUCUUGAAAGCUAUGGAUACCAUUACUAAGCAAUGUUGCAAGACAUCAGAAGAUGUGAAGAAAAUCAUCGCAAAGUCCAACAGUUCUUUAACAGAUGUAUUGGCUGAUAUAAAGAAGUUUCGGAGAGAAAUAAACCAAAGACUAGAUGAACUGGAAAGGCAAGCAGAAGAUGCAGCAAAAGCUAUCCAACAAGAAAAUAACAAGAACCUGAAGACAGUAGAAACAACUUGUGAUGAUGUAACCAAGUCUCUGAAGACAUCAUCUGGCAUCAUUCAACAUCUCAACACAUCCAAACAAGCAGACAAACUUUUCAUGGAGCUGAAAUUAGCAGAGCAAAUGAUCAAAGAUUAUGAGAAACGUGUCCACCAGCUAGCAGCAUUUGAUGUCAAACUGUACAACUUUAUAUCAAAUAAAGAAAUAUCAACUUUACUUGAAAAGGAUAGGUCACUGGGUACAUUCACAGAGAAAUCAUUAAAACAACCAAGUCCUCCUCCAGCCGUUGAUAUCAAAUUCAGAAAAACUACACAACAGGGUAAAAUCUGUGUAGAGACAUCAAAAGAUAAACAGGCAUGCUAUAUAACAGGAAUGACUCUCCUUACUCCUGAUCUUCUUAUCAUCACUGACUGGUGUAACUGCGCUGUUAAAAUAGUGGAUACCUGCAGUCAGUCUGUUACUGAUCAAUUACAACUAGAUACUAUACCAAGUAAAGUCACCUCAGUUACCAGUACAGAACUUGCUGUCACAUUUCGUGACAAACAAACUAUUCUGUUUAUAUCAGUCUACGCAAACAAACUCAAGAAGAAACAAACUCUGAAGGUUGAUGGAAAAUGUCAAGGUAUCAGUUGCUACCAGGGGAAACUUGUUGUGUCAUUUGUUCAACCUGCAGGACUCCAAAUUCUUGGUACUAAUGGUUCUAUACUGAAAACAGUCAGAGGAGAAAAUAUUUUCAGCUGGCCAGUAUAUGUUACCACUAACUCAAAUUCUAUCUAUGUAUCUAACUGUAAAAUGAAAACAAUUACAAGGUUAAACUGGCAGGGCGAGGUGAUUGGUAGUUAUGGUGGUAUAACUAAGCUUCUUGGUAUAACACUGUCAGAUGAUGGUACUGUUUUUGUGUGUGACUAUGACAGAAAUGUUAUAGAAGAGAUAGCAGGUGACUGUUCUACAGGAAAGGUUGUGUUGGAGAACGUCAAUAGUCCCUAUACUGUCUGUUGGUGUGCUGAAACAAGUCAACUGUACUUCAGCUGUAGAACUGAACAAGGCAAACAUGACAACUUUCUCCAGGUCUUCAAGCUGUCAUAACUAGGACAAAACUCAUCAACAGCUUAACCAAUAUAUGCUGUGAAAUCAUUCAUAAUCAUGGAGAACUUCAUUUUGUGGAUUUUGUGAUGUCAAUUCAUGACAAACAAAGAAUAUUCCUACUUAUUCUAUCUUUAAUGGUGCAUGCCUCUAGAUAAAAGAAUUUUAAAAAGAGACUGCAGUUGGUUUUAACUACUGAAAAUGAUGAACAUAAUUAUUGUUUUAAAUAACUAUUUUUAGGUAUUUCUACAUAUUUGAUAAACCAGAAGUGAUGGCACAACGUCAUUUAUCCAGAUAAGAUAGAAUAAAAUCUAGAAUUGGCGUAUGGAAAUCAAAAUUAGUUAAUGGCUACAAAUAAAUAAAUUAAUUUACUACAAGGGCCAAGUUACUAUCUUUCUAAAGUUAAAAUCUGAUAUUAAAACAUCUGACAAUCUACAUUUCAGGUUAAAUAAUUAAAAAUAAUGUCUUAAAACCAGCUUGAAAUGUGCAGUUGAUUUUAAUCACAAGUGAGUGAAUACCUCAAAAACAAGCACAUGGACCUAGUAUACUUUUUUCUUUCAAAAUAUAAUAGGUCAAAAUUUCUAUUUACAAAAAUAUUAUAAAAAUUGUGCUUUUCAAACAGACUCCCAUUAUGAAAUCUUGCAUGAGGGCCAAUGUUUUCAACUCAGACUAGCAAAAAAUCAAGUAAACGACCCUAUCUUUUUCACUGAUGAAUUUUCUUAGUAUAAUCUAAACAUUUUAAAAAUCAGGGUUUAAUCAAAUUCUACAUUGUAGAAAAAAAUUGAUCAAAACCUGCAGAACUACCUUGAUAUAAAUGACACAAAGUACAGCUAUAUUCCCUCUAAAUGUAAUCAAAUGUAAAUACUUUGACUUGACAUUUUUUGGGAGUUUUCUACAACUAUUUCUUUUUAUUACGAGUUUUUUGGGUUUUUUUUCAGAUAAAAAGUUUGUAAAUAGAAAAACAAUUCUGCUUCAAUUACCAAUUAAAUGUCUUUUCUAAAUUUUUACCAAAAUCAUGAUAUUUUAUGCCAAUAAUUUAAAGCAAUUUCACAACACUGCAAAUGUUUUACUGCUAGUUAUUACUGUUAAUGUAAACUGUAAGAAAAUCUCCCAGUAUUCAUACUCAAGAACUGUUCACAUGUGUAAUAUCCUCAGAUGGUUGAAUGUCUGUACAUAUAAUUAUAUAGUAUGAAAAUAAAUGGAAUAUUACA